CUCGCUAAAAAAGUUCCAGUACGUGCCACCACAAAAAAUGACAAAUUUUUAUCUGAGCACAUGUACCCUUCCUUUCGUGGGAAUUAUGAAACAAACUAUGGUAAAGAAAAUGAAGUUAAAGCUUGUCAUCAGCUGAAAGAACAGGGUAUGAACAUCCUUCACAUGGGUAGUGUUAUUAGCAUCCAGGAGCCAUGGCUCUCUGCGAGUCCUGACGGGGUCAUUGACUCAGAUGUGCUUCUAGAAAUAAAAUGUCCUGUGCAGACUUAUCCUUCACUCACGGAGCAGCUUACCCAGAAAUGCAGCGAUAUCAAACUGGUAGAUGGAGAACUGCAGCUGCAGAAAACUGGCAGCAGAGGCUAUUACAUGCAAGUGCAACUCACAAUGUUUUGCACAGGGCUCAAGACUGCCACACUUGUGAUCUGGACACCUACUGAGCAUGUUUCAUUUACAGUGCAAUAUGAUGAAGCAUUUGUAAAGGAACAAGUAAAACGCUUGAGAGGGUUUUACUUCUCAUAUUUCUUACCUCGACUUGUAGAGGAGUAUGCAGCAGGACGGUUUCAGUUAAAUGAGAGAUACUUGAAGAUAAUGGGCAAGGUUUAAUACAUGUUACAACUAUAAAUGGGACAGUCAGACACCAACAUGUCUGCAGAGUUUGGUCUCUGUCUGGUGAAUGAAAGAAGACAUUCAAUAUGAAAUCUGUUAAAUAUUUCAAUACAACUAAAAUGUACGUAGUUGUAACAUAUGGUGGGAAAUGAAUGACAAACUGACAACAUUAAAUGUUGUGAAUAGUUCUGUAUUUCUGUAAUCUUCCAACACAAAAAAAUGUCAAGAAUGCACAACUAAUUAUUGUAGAUUUGAGAAAAACAUUUUUUUUUUUCAUUUAAGAAAUUUAUCACAUUGUGGUUGAAUAAAAAAGUAAUAAUUGUUCAAUUGAUUGAUUGCAAUUGUUUUAUAUAUACACAUACAUACAUACAUACAUACAUACAUACAUACGCACACACUGUAUCACAUAACCUUUCAUCUAGAACACAAGAUAAAAAAGUGAGACCUGGAAUUAUUUACUCUCUCUACAUAUAUGUACAUCAAAUUUUAAAAUAAUUACAUUACACUACACAACUUUAUGUCCUGAGUAACCAUCUUAAUAUCCCCGAGUCCACAUUUGUUCAUAACAUACACAAUUAUUGUGUAUCACGAAUGAGAUCCUCUCUUAAGUUCACUAGAGCAGCACAUAUUCUCAGUAUCUUGUCUACUUUAGGAGCCAUGCUUAUAGGAACAAUUUGUGAAAGUAUUUUGUAGACUUUCAAGCGUCUGAUUGCUCUUUCAACAUGGAUUCUUACAUUUGCAAUCCGACGUGUGUAUGUUACCUGUUCCUCAGUUAGCGGUCUACGUUUUUUUGUGAAAGCGGGUAUUACUAAUCUAACUUUUCUCUCAAAGAGUAAGUCUUUAAUUGUAAAACCUCUAUCUGCCAUGACUUCAUCACCAGGUUUUAGGUAUGUUAAUAUUCCAGAGUCCAUUGUGAUAAAUUUGUCACUACAUCGGCCGCCAUAUGCCGCAGACACAAACAUGAUUAGUCCACAUGGUGCAACAGCAACCAAAUAUUUGACUGUGUUGUGUGAAUAAUAAUGGCUGCAUGAUUCCCCUCUUGAGCCCAGAUUUCUGGGUUUCUGUAAAAGGGUCUCACUGCAGUCUAUAAUGCAUGUAGUAUUUGGAAAGUUCUUCUUGAAGGCUUCAGGCAUAGUUGCUUGAAUAGUUUCUUUUGGCAGCCAUGGAAUUAAUGGUCGGAGAACUUCCUCCAGCUUGUCUAACCAGUGUGAGAUGAUCUUGCUGGCCAUGCUUUGUGAUAUAUGAAACUGGCGGCUUAGGUCACCUAUUACACGGUUACUCUUUAAUUUCAUAAGUGUCAUGAGGACUUGAUCUCGGACAGGCAUGGUAAAUUCAUUGUUGUCAUAUCCUUCCAGUGUCAGAUAAAGCUCCGGGUCGGGGUGUAGCUCUGUGGGCUUUUUAUCGAUAAAAUGAAAGGAGCAAACAUAAACUCUCUUUGGAGGGUGUUUGAGUCUUAAAGCUGCCAGCCACGCUAGUUUCCGAUCCUCCUUCCGCGGCAUAGAGUGCAGUGCGUAGGGCGGUGGGCACGGACAGGCCUUUCUAAGUUGUUGAUGCUCAAGGCAAAAUGUUUCUAAUGCGUUUUUCAGUUUUCUUGAAUUAUUGUGGCAGCCGACGACAGCACACGUUGAACCCGAGCUCAUCUUCGAACAGGUAAAGCCACUUAUUACCGCACAAAGUAACUGAUUUUGUUGUUAGCAACGACUGAACGCUGGGUCUCGCUUUGAGUAACCGGAAGUAUAAAACCGGACAACGGAAGUAGUGGUCUGUCAUGGCAGCCUACGUACGCUCUUACAGAAACCUGUGGAUAAAUGUUAAGUGAAGAAGAGAUACCGUGUUCUUCCCUUUGACUUCUGUGAGAUGAACAGUUCAUAAGAUGGUACCUAAGAUGUUCACUGUUGAAAAUUCCAGCAGAAGACGUUCCUCGCAUUCCUGCAGCCACAUGCAGACACUGAUUCUCCAAGGUGAAAGCUGGAUCACGUCUAUGCACACAAAAUCCAGACAUUAAUGUAAUUUUCACUACUGAAACUACAUUUCCCGUUCAACAUGUUAAUCAAACGUAUGUUUUGAUCAUAUCUUUGAUCAAGAAUAAAGAUGGUUUACUGUUAGAAAAUAUGGAAAAGCCCUGUUAUACCGUGCAUCAUUUUAAGCAUAAAAGGCUGGAUGAUAAGACUUUUUACCCUCUCAGAUGUGAUAGGAAAGCCGGGGCAACUUCAAUCUCUCCCUCAAUCCCAGCUUUCUCAGCACCCAGCUGUCUAAGCUAAGGGUAGUUUUAAAACAGCUAAAUUAGCACCUGCAGAGGAAUGGUUUAUUCCAGAGUUUCAGUCAGGUUUCAGAGCUCAUCACAGAUGUCUGUGCUUGUCCUGCUAGACCUCAGUGCAGUGUUUGAUACUGUUGACCAUAAUAAUGUAUUAUAGUGAUUAGAGGAUGCUGUAAGUAUUACAAGUACUGUGCUGCAGUAGUUUGAAUUAUAUAUAUCUAAUGGGCUAGAAAGAGAGAGCAUCUUUCUCCUAUAUUGGUUUCUCUUUAAUGGCUCCCUCUUAAAUCCAGAUUUUUAUUUUUAUUAAGUGUACCUAUUUAAUGAUGGUUUAUUGAUUUAUUUAGCAGACACUGAUAUGCUAUUUUUGUUUUGAAAUCUCUAUUUUGAAGUGAAAUUCUCAACCUGAUCAUUUGUCCCUCAGGUAUAGGAAGUUAUGAUGAGUACGAGCUGAAGUCCAUUGCCUCUGAUCCGGACGAGAGUCACAUGUACCUAGUUAGCAACUUCCAGUUCCUACUGGACAUCGUUGACAAUGUCACAAUCAACUUGUGCAACAGCAUAAAGGCCUCAGCACCACCUCUCUCUGGAGAUGCUCAGUGUAACACCACAGCGAAAGCCGACAUCGUACUGCUGGUUGACGGAUCCUGGAGUGUUGGACGCGUAAACUUCAAAACAGUCUGCAAUUUCAUUGCUCGUGUGGUCAGUGUGUUUGACAUUGGCCCAGAAAGUGUCCAGAUCGGUCUGACUCAGUACAGUGGUGAUCCAAGGACUGAAUGGCAACUCAACGCCCACCCCACCAAAGCAUCCCUGCUGCAUGCCAUUGCCAACCUGCCACAUAAAGGAGGAAACACCAUGACAGGCUUGGCUCUAAACUACAUGCUUGAAAACAACUUCAAACCUAAUGUGGGGGUGCGUGGAGACUCCCGCAAAAUUGGCAUCCUGAUCACUGAUGGAAGGUCCCAGGACGAAGUCAUCCGAGUCUCACAGAAACUCAGAGACAGUGGCAUUGAGCUCUAUGCUGUUGGUAUAGCUCAUAUUGAUGAGAAUGAGCUGAAGUCCAUCGCCUCUGAUCCAGAUGAGAGUCACGUAUACUCCGUCACUGACUUUGAGUUCCUGCCGGACAUCGUUAAUGACCUCACAAUCAACUUGUACAACAGCUUAAAGGGCUCAGACGAUGAGCCACUGGGGGCACCAACCAACCUGGUGACCUCAGAGGUGAAACAGAGCUCCUUCCGUACCACCUGGACUCCACCUGACGGCACCGUGGACCAGUUUCGCGUCACUUACUCGAUAGCACCCGGAGGACCCCCCAAGGAGCUGCAAGUCGAGGGAUCAGUGACCACUGUAGUGCUGGAAAAUCUAAACCCUCUGACUGAGUACAUCAUCAAUGUUUAUGCUGUGGUGGGCGAGCGGAGCAGCGAGCCUCUCAGGGGCACCGAGACCACCCGAGAUGGAUAGGUGUCAUUUGAGCGGUGGGGGCAUCAUUCAGAAGAAAGUUUAACUCCUCUUCUUCAGUCGUUUCCACUCCCCCAAAACCAGUCAGCCACUUGAAAAUACUCCAUCUGUGUCGGUCUGCGUGUUCAUAUCUUUAUUUCAGUGUUUUUAGGAUCAUUAUGAUCAGUGCCAACUGCUUCACCACCAUGGUUAACACUUCUGUCUCACAGCAAUAAGAUUCCUGAUUCCAGCUCCUGGUUUCAUCCUUUGUGGAGUUUGCAUGGUGCGAGCACUCAGACUCAAAUUGUUUAUAAAUGUGACUACAUUACAGUUACUUCAUGUACUCUCUUUAUGUUGAUCCGAGGAUCAAUAAAAACAACAUGGCUCCCAUGAUCAACAAA